AUGCGAAAACAGAGACAACAAAGAGAAGAAAUGAAACAAAAGUUGCCGAAAAUGGAUAAAUUUUUAACUAAAACUAAAUGUGAUAUAAGUACUGUUAGUACCGAAAUGGAAAAUGUUGACUCAUCUGAUGAUAGACCAUUUCCAAAAGACCCUCAUCAGAGCAACAGGAGUUUUUCUGAAUCAUACUAUAUUUUUCAAACUAAAUAUGGACCAGUUAACCGUUUUUGGCUGUGUUAUUCCCCAUUGCUAGAUGCAACCUAUUGUCAACCGUGUUGGUUGUUUUCUUUGCAAAGAAGUACUUGGUGUACGGGUCUUCGAGACUGGAAGCAUUUAUCAGAAAGAAAUAAGGAACAUGGUUUUUCGAAAAACCAUAUUGAGGCAUGUGCUGUAUGCGAAAUGUGGCAAAAAAAUAUAAAUAUUGACAAGGAUCUUGAAAAUCAAAUUCGUAAAGAAGCAUCAUUUUGGAGAAUGGUUCUUCAAAGGUUAUUUGAUAUUAUAAUUACUCUUGCAACUAAUUCUUUGGCAUUAAGAGGACAUCGGGAGGAUUUAAGUCUAGAAGGAUAUCACGGCAAUUUUUUAUUAAUUGUACAACUUGUCUCCAGAUAUGAUCAAGUCCUAAAUCAAGUUUUGGAAAUGCCAAAAGGAUCAACGAGGUAUCUCAGUCCAACCGUUCAAAAUGAAAUGAUUGAGUGUAUAGGUAAGACACUUGAAGGCCAUUUAUUGGAAAACAUUAGAGCAUCGCCAUUUUUCGCUAUUAUUAUGGAUACCACGCAAGAUAUAGCAAAAGUAGAUCAGCUGAGCAUUGUUGUAAGGUACGCAGCAAUAUCCAGGUCUGAAAAUGGGCAGCCAGUCGAUAUAAAAGUAAAAGAAGUGUUUCUCGGUUUUUAUGCUGUCACUAAGCAUAGUGCUGUAGAUUUAGUUAAACAGGUGAUUACAUUAUUUUCCCAUAAAAAUCUUGAUUUAAAAAAGUGUGUAGGCCAAGGUUAUGAUGGGGCAAGUGUAAUGAGUGGUAGGUAUAAUAGCGUACAAAAGCAUAUUAAGGAUAUUCAACCAAAUGCUGAGUAUGUACAUUGUGCCAGUCAUAAUUUAAAUUUAGUAAUAAACGAUGCUGUUCGCGGUUGUAUGGAAAUACAGCAUUUUUUUAUAACUUUACAAGAGCUAUAUAACUUUUUUGGAAACAGUAUUAAACGCUGGGAUCUGUUAUCGAAAUUUACAAGCGAAUCUGAAGUCACUUUGAAAAAAUUAAAUCCGACAAGAUGGUCUAGUAGGAUAAAUACAAUAACUACAGUUAAACUCCGGUUUUUUGAUAUUAUUAAAUCUCUAUCUGAGAUAGCUCUUAACUCAAAAAAUGUUGACGAACGCAAUGAAGCAGAUAAUAUUAAAAAAAAAUUGUUUAAAUUUGAAUUUGUGUUGCUUUGUGAAUUCAUGUACCGUGUUUUAAACAACAUAAAUUAUGCAUCCAAAAUUUUACAAAAAGUUGAUAUCGAUUUAGAUCAAGCAAGUAACGUUUUAGAAGAGACUAAAGACAAAUUGAAAAUGUACAGAAAUUACUUUGAAUCAUUUUACAAUAAGGCCACGGAAACUGCAAGAAAAUAUGAUAUUGAUCUUCAUUUUCAAGUAAAACGUCAAAGCAAAAUUAAAAAACACUUUGACGAAUUAGCUUCUGAUCACCGAUUUGAUAACAGAAAAGAGAUAUUUAAAAUAACCAUUUUUAAUAAUAUAUUGGACAUAAUUAUCACUCAAUUAAAUACACGUUUUAUUGGUAUGAGUAAAGUCAACAAAAUAUUUGAUUUUUUAACUCCAAAAGUAUUACGUAGCAUUGACGAAAGAACUUUGUUGCAAAAAUGUGAUCAGUUUCAAAGCAAGUAUUCGGAUGUAAUAGGACCAAAUUUUUCGCUCCAGUUUCUCAAUGUUUACCAUCUAACUUUUCCUGAAUUAACUGAGACGUGUAAUGUUUACCAAUUAUGCAAGGAUAUAAUAACCAAAUUUGGAGUGAUGGAAUGUGAUAUAACAGAAGUGUUCAUGGCAAUUUUACUAUUUUAUACCAUUCCUGUAACUUCAGCAGGAGCUGAAAGAUCUUUCAGCAAACUAAAAAUAAUCAAAAAUUAUCUUAGAAAUAGUACCGGACAAGAUCGACUCAAAUAUUUAUCAUUGAUUGCAGUUGAAAACAAGGCAGCUUCAAAAUUGGAUUUAAGUGAAGUGAUAGAUCAAUUUGCUAAUAUUAAAGCUCGUAAAAGAUUAUAA